AUGAAGACUAUUUCUGAUUCUCUGGCAUUAAUUGGUGGUCUUCAUCAUUGUUUGGUUAUUGGUUAUAAUGUACAAGUUCAAACAGCAGCAUAUUGUCGUNUACCAUUUAUUCUAAUAUCUAUUUCAAAUAUUUUUAUUAUUGUUGAUCAAUAUAAACGACGUUUAAAAUUACGUAAAAGAAAUUUAGAUUUAUCAUUAAUUACACUUUUAUUGACAUGUUCAGGAACAUUUAUUAUAUGUAAUUUACCAAUAACAGUUUUAGGUGUUAUAUAUCAAUACAUCUCGAAAUCAUUUGAUACUAAGUCAAACUAUGAUAAUACAGCAUUUGCAUUUGAUGUUUUAAGAUUACUAUCUGAUCUCUCUUUUGCAUUGAACUUUUAUUUAUAUUAUUAUACGUCAACAUUAUUUCGACAACAAAUAAUUAUAUUAUUUAAACGUUUAUUUCGAAUAAAAACAGAUAUUAAACAAAAUGAUAUUGAACUACCUUAUUUAAGUUAUAAUCAAACUCAAUUGAGAUCACACUAUAGAUUAAAUUCAAUUGAAGAAUCAUCAUCACCAUCACAACAAACAACAGCAAGUUCAAACAGUUUUAUAUCAAAAUUAUACACAAAAACGUAA